AUGUCCUUUCAAGCGACGACAAAAGUCCAUGUGAAGUCCGGUGUUGUAAUGUGGGGCACAACAUCACCUCCUCUGCCAAUAGGAUUUCCUUUUGUUAUGGAUCAAGCUGCUAUCAUGGCAUUGGUAAUGUCUGCUAGUGAUGCCACCAACGGAAGAGAUUCUGAAAGAUCCCGCCGAAGCUCCACGGAUUCUGAUAUGGCGAUUCCACAAACCCCAAUCGACGCUCCAUCGGACCCUUUUGAUUUCAAGCUCGUUGCCGACAUGCCCGAUGAAGAUAUGGUUUCAAAGUUCAUGGCAUCCAUGAAGUCCUCAGCAACCAAACGAUGCUCCAAACGUGAGAUGUCAGCUGUGAGCCCACGCGAAGAACGAAUCAAACGCCCAAUGAAUGCAUUUAUGGUGUGGUCACAACAACGGCGUCAACAAAUUUCGGCAACCGGACAAAAAUUUCACAAUUCCGAUAUUUCAAAAAUGUUAGGUGUCGAGUGGCGCGCGAUGGCUGAUGAGGAAAAAGUUCCAUUUGUUGAGCGCGCCAAACAACUCCGUGAAGAGCACUUCAUCACUUACCCUGACUACGUCUACCGGCCACGCAGAAGAAAGCGUAUUGUAAAAAGCACCGGAAGUUUUGAAAGUGCUCCGUCGGAUGAGUUGGGUGAUUUCCCAAACAACAACAACUCUUUGGUCUGCUCCAUGAUGCUCCAACAGUUGAUGUGCUGCUUGAAGACUAUGCAGAAAAGUGUCGAUUCAGAAGCCAACAAUCUCAUUUGA